UUUUUUCCUGCUGGAUAUAUGGCCUUUUAUUUUGCCUGUCUGGGGAUCUGUGUGUUUGGAAUGGUGGGGAAUGGGAUAGUCUUGUGGUUUCUGGGCUUCCAGAUGAAGAGGAAUCCUUUCACUGUCUACAUCCUAAAUUUAGCUGUUGCUGACUGCUCUCUGCUCCUCUUGUAUUUUCUGCUCAUAUUGGGGCUUUUCAACUUGACAAUAAUUUGUUAUGGCUUGGAUUCUUUUCUUCCUUUCUUCACUAAGUACAUAGGUGCAGUUCCUUUCCUGUGCCACUUGUUAGUCCUCAGCAGCCUGGGUCUCCUGACAGCCGUCAGCACGGAGCGCUGCGUCUCUGUCAUCUUCCCAAUCUGGUAUCGCUGCCACCGCCCAAAGCACUUGUCAGGCGUCGUGAGUGGGGUGCUCUGGGCCGGCGUCGGGACUUUCAGUUUGUCCAUUUAUAUUUCCUCUCUCCUUGGUCAAAGACAUAACAUGCUCUUUGCAAGUGUGGGCAUUGUCUAUUCCGUGAUUUUGUCAUUAACGAUGUUGAUUUCCAACGUGUCCAUGGUCAUGAGGCUCCGAUGUGGCUCACAGAGACGGCGCCUGGGGAAACUCUAUGUUGCUGUUGUGCUCAACAUCAUCUUCUUCUUUGCCUUGGGGAUGCCUUUCAGCGUAAAUGCUUUCCUUAGACUUUUAUAUAAUGGUUUUCUGUUUCAUGAAAGGGUGACUCUGGUGCUGGCUCUGCUGAACAGCAGCAUCAACCCAGUCAUUUACUUCCUGGUGGGGAGCUGUCGGCAGCGCCGCUUCCAAGGCUCCAUCCAAGUCGCCCUGCGCAGAGUGUUUGAAGAGAAAGGGAGGAGCAAGGAGGAGAGCCCCGUGCCUGAGGGCAUCCCCAUGGAGAGCACUGCCCGAGGCUCUGCUGGGGAGGGGGAAGCCUGAGCUCUGCUCCCCGUUGCAAUCACCCUGUCAUGAAUGGGAGCAUAGCUGAGAGUUGACUCCCUCUCAGGACUGAGGGACAUAACAAAGGAUGCUGUUUGCCACAGUGUGUUCGGUUGAGUACAUACGUUUAUGUUCAUCGUGACUGUUUGUCAGAAAGAGACAGGAAGCAGAGGGGUGCAGCUGUUCUAUGACCUUCAUACUUGGACACACGGGGGUGCCUGGCCAACGCUCUCAGCGUGGACCAUGGUGAGAUCAUGAGAAACUGCAUGGUCCCAUGAGGACACAAUCCGCGAUCUGGCAUAAAGCCGGUUGUUUUGAUAUGGGUAUAAAAGCAGGACCCUCUUGUGGCCGUGGGAGAAGCCUCACCUACAGGUGCACGCACAGCAUAGGAAUUGUCCCAGUGACCUGAGAGUCCUGGCAUCAGCUGCAAGGGGGCUUCCCAUCUGGAAGUGUGGGACUGGAUGAUGAUUCAGUGGU